AUGGCUGACGACAAAGCGCGUCUCGCGGCAGCCCGCAAGAAAGCCCAGAAGAAGGCCGCCGAGGCCAAGGCGAAGAAGGAGAAGGCCGCAGCUGCAGAUGCCGCAGACGAGCCCAAGGAAGAAGCACCGCCCGCAGAGGAAGACACACCAACACCCGCGCCCGCAGAGACCGAGAAGGAGCCCGAGGCGGCCGCGGCCGCUGAAGCAUCAGAACCUAUCGGAACGACGGGCGCUGUGGAAGGAACAGCAGCGACUUCUUCAGAAUCCUCUGCCGCGCUCGAGGCUAAGCUCGCUGAGCUGGAGAAGCAAUGUGCCGAGGCCAAGUCCGCGCAUGAUGAGGCGCAGCUGAUGACCGAGGCGCUGGAGAAGAAGGUCGUGUCGCUGGAAAUGCUGCACAAGGAGGACGAGGGCCAGAUCAAACGACUCGAAGCAGACCUCGCGGGCGCCAAGGACGAGAAUGUCGAUCUCAAGAAGAAGCUGCAGAAGGCCGAGGCGGAGGUGCUCCGGCUCAGCAAGAAGGAGGCGCAGGACGGCGGCGGCACGGAUAACGACCACCUGGACGAGCUUGAGGACGAGGAGAGGCAGAAGCUGGAGAGCAAGAUCCGGGAGCUCGAGGCCGAGAACACAGACCUGAAGAGGGGGAUAUGGCAGGAGAGAAGGAAGAACCUGCAGCCCGGCAUGGAUGAGGCUGGCGGCGGGCACUUUACGAACGUGGAUCUGGGCGGAGCGGGACCACAUGGCCCCCACAGCAGAAAGCAGCAGCAGGGCGGGUUCGGGGAUUUCUUCGCCAGCGGCCUCAACGCCCUGACGGGUGCUGGCGGCCAGCAGGCGUACGGGCAUGAGCAUGAUGACGAUGGCUUCCUAGAUGACGACGAGGACUUUGACGAGGAAGCAUUCAGGAAGGCACAGGAGGACGCAGCCAAGGCCAGGAUCGAGAGGAUCAAGGAGGUCAAGAGGGGCCUGAAGAACUGGGAGGGCUGGAGGUUGGAUCUGGUCGAGGGACGACGGGGCGGAGGGGAAGGCAUCGGGGAGAUCUUUGAGGUCUGA